UUACGAGAACCCCAGCUGAAUCGGAAAAUGUUAUUUGCUCUAACGAAAUGAUUUGCUCUUAUGCAACACUGAAUUGUGUCAAUCAAGCAAAAUAAAGGAAGAGAGCCUGAUUUAUAUAAUAGCCUGCAUUUGAUUUUGCUUUAUUUCAUCUCAACUUCAAGAGGAGGGAAAAAUGAAGCUUUGGAUGCUAGGCGUUUUUCUGUUUUUCUGUAGUGACAAAACCUGGGCAAGAGACAAGCAUUAUUAUAUUGGAAUUAUUGAAACAACUUGGAAUUAUGCCCCUGACAACGGGGAAAAGAAACUUACUUCAGUUGACACGGAGCAGUCUGACAUCUAUCUUCAAAAUGGCCCAACUCGAAUUGGAAGAACCUACAAGAAGGCCCUUUAUGUUCAGUACACAGACGGAACCUUUACGGAGACUAUAGACAAGCCAGCCUGGCUGGGAUUUUUAGGGCCCAUUAUCAAAGCUGAAGUCGAAGAUAAGGUUUAUGUCCACUUAAAAAACUUCGCCUCCCGGGCCUACACUUUCCACUCCCAUGGGAUGACUUACUAUAAGGAACACGAGGGGGCCAUCUACCCGGACAACACCACUGGUUUCCAAAGGGCAGAUGACAAAGUGCUCCCGGGACAGCAGUACUUGUACGUGCUGCACGCCGACAAAGAGCAGAGCCCAGGUGAGAGCGAUGGCAACUGUGUGACGCGGGUUUACCACUCCCACAUCGACGCGCCGAAAGACAUCGCCUCAGGACUCAUCGGACCCUUAAUACUCUGCAAAAAAGGUUCUCUAGAUAACGAAAAGCUUAAAAAUAUUGACCAAGAGUUUGUGAUCAUGUUUUCGGUGGUGGAUGAAAAUCUCAGCUGGUAUCUCGAAGACAAUAUAAAAAUUUUCUGUUCUGAACCAGAGAAAGUUGACAAGGACAAUGAGGACUUCCAGGAAAGCAACAGGAAGUACUCUGUGAAUGGAUUUGCUUUUGGAACCCUCCCCGGACUGUCCAUGUGUGUAGAAGACAGAGUGAAAUGGUAUCUAUUUGGGAUGGGGAACGAAGUUGAUGUGCAUGCAGCGUUCUUUCAUGGCCAAGUCCUGAGCAGCAAGAACUACCGCGCUGACACGUUCAGUCUCUUCCCUGCAACCCUUCUGGAUGCUUCAAUGGUGGCCGGAAACCCCGGAGUCUGGAUGCUCAGCUGCCAGAAUCUAAACCAUCUAAAAGCUGGUUUGCAGGCAUUUUUUGAGGUUCGGAAGUGCAACAAAGCCUGGUCGGAAGACGAGGUCCAGGGGAGGCCCGUUAGGCACUACUACAUCGCCGCUGAGGAGGUCGCCUGGAACUACGCUCCCUCUGGGGCCGACGUCUUCACGGGAGAGAACCUAACCAGCCCCGGAAGCGAUUCCAGGGUCUUUUUUGAGCAAGGCGCUACAAGGAUCGGCGGCUCGUAUAAAAAGCUGGUAUACCGUGAGUACACAGAUGGCUCCUUCACACGCCAAAAGCAAAGAGGCCCUGAGGAGGAGCACUUUGGAGUCCUGGGUCCUGUCAUUUGGGCAGAGGUGGGAGAUGCCAUCAAAGUCACCUUUCAUAACAAAGGACCUUAUCCCCUCAGUAUUCAGCCAAUUGGAGUGAGGUUCACUGAGGACAAUGAGGGCACAUACUAUGCCCGCUCUGCUCAACCCUCAACAAAAAGCAUGGCUCCUCCUCACGCGGCAUCUCACGUGCCACCCAAAGCAACUUUCACCUACGUGUGGACUGUCCCCAAAGACGCAGGACCCACGCAUGCAGAUCCUGCCUGCCUCUGUCGGAUGUACUAUUCCGCUGCGGACCCCACCAAAGAUCUAUUCACUGGACUUGUUGGCCCAUUGAAGAUAUGCAAAAAGGGAAGCUUACUUGCAGAUGGGAGACAGAAGGAUGUACAAAAGGAGUUCUACCUGUUCCCCACAGUAUUUGAUGAGAAUGAGAGCUUGCUGUUGGAUGAUAAUAUCAAGAUGUUUACCACAGCACCUGACCAAGUGGAUAAGGAAGAUGAAGACUUUCAGGAAUCCAAUAAGAUGCACUCCAUAAAUGGAUUCAUGUACGGCAACCAGCCUGGCCUCACCAUGUGCCUCGGAGAUGCAGUCGUGUGGUAUUUGUUCAGUGCUGGAAACGAGGCCGACAUACAUGGGAUCUACUUUUCAGGAAAUACUUAUCUGGCAAAAGGAGAAAGAAGAGACACUGCAAACCUCUUCCCUCAUUCAAGUCAGACCCUCCUCAUGUGGCCUGAUACAGCAGGGACUUUUGAUGUUGAGUGCCUUACAACGGAUCACUACACGGGCGGCAUGAAGCAAAAAUACACUGUGAAGCCCUGCGAGGGGAAGUCUGGGGACUCCACCCUCUACCUGGGAGAAAGGACCUACUACGUGGCAUCGGUGGAGGUGGAAUGGGAUUACUCGCCGCACAGGGACUGGGAGAAGGAGCUGCAUCAUCUACAAGAGCAAAACGUUUCAAAUGUAUUUUUAGAUAAGGGAGAGUUUUUCAUAGGCUCCAAGUACAAGAAAGUUGUGUACCGGCAGUUCACAGACAGCACCUUCCAAGUUCCAGUGCAGAGGACGGCAGCAGAAGAACACCUGGGAAUUCUGGGCCCACAACUUCAUGCAAAUGUUGGAGACAAAGUUAACAUUGUCUUCAAAAACAUGGCAACGCGGCCCUACUCCAUACAUGCGCACGGGGUGAGGACAGAGGCUUCCACGGUUACUCCAACACUACCAGGUGAGACUCGUACUUACAUAUGGCAAAUCCCAGAAAGAUCGGGUGCUGGCAUUGAGGACUCGCCGUGCAUCCCAUGGGCUUACUACUCAACCGUGGACCAAGUUAAGGACCUCUACAGCGGAUUGAUUGGCCCUCUGAUUGUCUGUCGGACACAUUACAUGAAAGUAUCCAAUCCCAUAAAGAAGCUGGAGUUUUCUCUUCUGUUACUCGUGUUCGACGAGAAUGAGUCGUGGUACUUAGAUGAGAACAUCCGCACGUACUCGGAUCACCCCGAGAAAGUCAACAAGGACAGCGAGGAAUUCAUCGAGAGCAACAAAAUGCAUGCUAUUAAUGGAAGAAUGUUUGGAACUCUACAAGGCCUCACCAUGCACGUGGGAGAUGAAGUGAACUGGUAUGUGAUGGGCAUGGGCAAUGAGAUCGACCUGCACACCUUACACUUUCACGGCCACAGCUUCCGAUACAAGCACAGGGGCGUUUAUACUUCUGAUGUCUUUGAUAUUUUCCCCGGAACAUUUCAAACGUUAGAGAUGUUUCCCCAAACACCUGGAACCUGGUUACUCCACUGCCACGUGACAGAUCACAUCCACGCUGGGAUGAAAAUGACAUACACUGUUCUCCCAAACGAAGCAUCUUCUCAAAGCUGCAUAAGGACAUGGAAGAUCAAUUAUACACUCUCGGUCAGCAUGAUUAUUUUAUUCCAAAUGUCCACCAAGGAGUGGCCAGGAAAAUAAGAAGUUUCUCUUUUCAGAUGGCAGUGACCCUGGAAUGACUCAGAAGGCACCAUG